AUGGCGGGAGGUCCAUACGAGACAAAGACAGUUAAAAAAAUGGGAUAUGGGAUCAGGAACAAAAAAGAUCAAAACAUAAUGGGACUGGACACUCUGAACAAUGGACUCAGAGGUCAGGACACAGUGAUAAAGCCUGUGCCCCUGGGCCACUCCUGUGCCUGGUGUGCAAACAUUCUCAAUGCUACAGAAAAUCAUAAUAUUAGUCAAAAGCAAUAUGUGGGGUUUCUGAUAUCUGGAUUUCAGAAUCUGCAGCACAGUGAUUAUUAUUUCAUAUUCCUGGCUUUCAUUUACCUGGGAACCCUGAUAGCCAAUUUCAUUCUAAUGUCUGUAAUAUGGCUGUCAGAGUGUCUUCAUACACCAAAGUACAUAGCCGUUUUUAAUUUAUCUGUAGUAGAUCUGAGCAUUAGCACAGCUCUUAUUCCAAAAAGUAUACAUCAAUUUCUGUUUGACUCAAGAUUUGUGUUAUAUGAGACAUGUUUAACUCAAAUGUUAUUUGUUCAUUCUUUCUAUGGCUUAGAAUCUCUGUCCCUUGUUGUUAUGUCUUACGAAAGACUUGUAUCUAUUUGUUUUCCUCUGAGAAGUAGUACAAUCAACACAAACACAAGAAUGUUCAUUAUAAUUGUUUUCUGUUGGAUAUUAACUUUUUCAUAUUUUACUGUUGCAGUGGUUUUCAUAGCACGCCUGUCAUUCUGCAAACCUGUUCCUGUCAUUAAGAGUUAUUUCUGUGAUCAAGGACCAGUGUUCAAAGAGGCCUGCACUAGCUACAGUGCAAACUGGACCAUAGCCAGUGUUUAUACUGUUGCUUUCUUUUUUCUGCCACUGACAUUUAUUAUUUUAUCAUACACGUGUAUUAUAGCUGCUCUUUCAAGGCUUGCAUCUGCACAGGGGAGGUGGAAAGCAUUUAAAACGUGCAUGGCUCACUUAGCCUUAGUGGUUAUAUUCUUUAUACCUGUUUUAGUAACAUAUAUGAUUGGAUGGAUAAAUGUGCUGGUGGACACUAACACCAGAAUUCUCAACACAUCUUUGGCAGCAACCCUGCCCCCUCUGCUGAAUCCCAUAAUAUACACCUUAAAAACUGAGGAAGUAAUGAAGAAAAUUAAGAAUUCCUUUAGGAAGCGGAAGGCUGCUCCAGUAAUUCUUUAG